GAUAGCUAGUGGGAUAUUUGUUUAUUUAUAUUGAAGCUUUAAUGGUUUUGUAGAAGAAUGAAGAAAGUAUGUGGAAAGAAAGUGUUAUCGUUCUUAAUCAGACAUUGCCUGCCUAGUCAGCAACAGCUGCAUGUUGUGUUGUCACAUAGUAUAGUUACAAGUGAUAGGCAAUACAUAAAGUAAUAUUAUGUGGCUUAUUGUGGACAGUAAGUCGACGACUGGAAUACUGCAAAUCCAAAUCAGCGCUGGAGGAAAAGGCAACCCAAAGAAAUGUUACAAAACUGCCUGCCAAUGACCAGCAAGCAUUUGAGAGUCAAUGGCUCAAGUUGGUAGCCAAGUCACUAAAUGGUAAAGAAGUGCAAUUGAAGGCAAAAGCAUCUGAUACUAUUGCCACACUGAAGAAGCAACUUGGUAGCAAGGACGAUUCUUCAUCCAUGGAUCAACUGCUCGUUGUGAAAGGAAAGCAAUAGACCUUUUCACAGGGCGUGGCACCAACAACGUCAUCACCUACCGCGGCGUCAAUUUGGUUCUCUUUUGAUGCAUUGGCGUUUGCUAACCGCGUGAGUCUAGAGCCAAAGCAACAAUUUUUCUUUUCGAACUUUAAUCGGUGCGUAUAGCGAUGCAUCGAAUUAGGUGAGGCCUCAUUAAGACUCGGCUCUUGUGUGUUUUGCGUGUUUUACGGUGAUGAACAACCUCUUUCUGAUCUCUUUCGUGACUCUACCGCGUCAUUUUGAGUGAUGAUUUAACAUUGAGACUUGACAGACGUCAAAUGCGGGUACAAACGUGCGUACGUAAUCUAUGAUGCGUGUUCUGUGUGGGAAUGUCUGACGUGAAGAGGAAGUCUUUAGACAAGUCUGGUGGUACUGAGAGGUAAGAAGAGAUGCAUGAUUUCAUCAUGAGGUAAUGUCCUCAGCUGUGGCUGUCAUAUAAAUAAACCAGUCACUCAGUGUUGCUGUACUGUGUUUUAUUUCUUGGAGCGUGUAAUUGCCGUUCUAUCAUGGUUAUGUGCUGUGUUCCUGGAUGUACCAAUGUAUCUGCCAAGGGGAAAUAUUUGAAGUUUUUCAGAUUUCCUUCAAAUGAAGAGGAACGUCAGAAGUGGUUAGAACAGUUAGGACUUGAUGAUGUCUCGACCAAUGCCAGGGUAUGUGGUAGGCAUUUUGUUCGUGGAACCAAAUCAACAACAGGAGUAAUACCAACGUUGUCCAAGACAAAGCCACCUUUUUCUGUUGCUGCAAUAAAGCGAUCCAGAGUUAGAGCUUCUUUUACAUGGUCACCAUCAAAACAAACUCCUCCUUUGAAAAGGCUUGCUGCAAGAGUUAUUUCAAGACCAAGAAGGCCUAAAUCUUCUACUCCUAAGAAGAACGUUGCAGCAUGCAGGCGGUCUCUAAGUCUUAUUUCCCCAAUCCGGGAACAUGAAGACAGAGAUGUGGAUGUUGCAGAAGACUUUGAAGACAUGUUUCACAGUCUAAGUAUUGAUGUUGAGCCUCACUCUGACUGUGCAUCAUGUUUUGAGCUGCAGGAGGAAUUAAAGGAAAAAGAAAACUGUAUCAAAUUACUUGAACAGCAAAUGUCUAGUGGCGAGAAUUGGAGGGUUGAGGCAAUUCAUACUGGAUUUCGCAGCUACAAUGAUUUCAAGGGUUUUUUCAAGUCGUUAGAGUAUGCUGCCACUUCACUGAAAUAUUGGUCACAGAGACAUACAGCAUUUACAGAGAGUAAAUCAGCAAAACCUCGUUCUCUUUCACCUCUAAAUGAGUUUUUUCUGACAAUGGUUCGUCUUCGUUUGGGGCUAGAGAUGAAAGACCUUAGCUACAGGUUUGGCUUCUCUCUUUCUCAAGUUCAUAAUAUUUUUGUCACAUGGAUAAACUUUCUCUAUUGCCAUUUGAAUGAUGUUGACUGGUGGUUGCCAAGGGACACUCUACGUCGAAGUUUACCGCAGUCAUUUAGAGAGGCUUUUCCAAAAACCACCUGCAUCAUUGAUGCAACAGAGCUUUUUACAGAACGUCCUUCAGAUAGGGGUUUGCAAUCAGCUUUCUUCUCCAGUUACAAACACCACCACACUGUGAAAGCAUUGGUUGCAAUAUCGCCAUGUGGUCAUGUCAUGUUUGUGUCACAACUAUUUACUGGUGCUAUAUCAGACAGGGAACUUACCAAGCAGUCUGGUUUUCUUAAUAAAUUGGUGCCUGGAGACCAAGUCAUGGCAGACAAAGGAUUUAUUAUUGCCGACAUUCUCAUGGACGUUGGGGCAUCUCUUGUGCUACCUCCUUUUCUAAAAGGAGGAGGUCAGUUUGCCGAGGAGCAAGUCAUUAAAUGCCGGCAAGUGGCGUCUCUUAGAAUCGAUGUAGAAAGGGUGAUCAGACGGAUAAAGAACUAUAGAAUUUUACAAGGCAUAACACUUAGUUCAAGUAUGGAUCUUUUAGAUAAGGUAUUUACUGUAUGUUCGUAUCUAACGAAUUUGCAUCCACCUCUUGUACGGUAAAUUUAAUUUUGUAGGGUAGAUUAAUAUUAAUUAGUGUCAUGAUAUUAAAUUUUGUUUGGAAAAGUAAAUAUAUUGGCUUUUG